CACAGGCGCCGUAUCACAUUAAAACAGCGCUUCCAUCCGCACCUUUACCACAAGGCUGGAGGUAACUAGGAUAGGUAUUAAAUCUCACCGCUACGAACUUCACAUCCUUCCAGCUUCGUCCCGUGGCGUUUCCUCCUAGAUUUUUCCACCCGCCAACCAAAUUUCAGCAAUCAUGUCCAAGACCACACUCCUCCGAAAGGCUUCCUUGGUUGGUUACCCCGACAACACCACCUAUUCCGUACUGGUCAAGGAUGGCAAGGUCGCUGCUAUCCGAGAGACUGGUGCUGGGGACAUUGAGAAGGCCGACGAAACCAUUGAUAUGAGGGAGCUCGACUCCCACUGGGUUAGCCCUAGUUUGAUUGAUUGGCACACACACACCAAGUUGAACGCGUUGCAUAAUCAUCGUCUCGAUCUGCAAACAGCCAAGACUGCACAAGAAGUCUUGGACCGAGUAGUUGUUGCCAUCAAAGACCCCAAAUACGAGCCCAAGUACGACACCAACUUUUGCGGUAUCAACUUGCGGAACGCUGAGUGGCCAGACCCCGAGAAGCUCACUCGACUUUCUUUGGACAACAUAUCUACUGAGCGACCUAUUUUCCUCUUCUUCAAUGGUUACCAUUCCAUCUGCGCCAACUCUCUCGGUUUGAAAUUGGGUGGUUACGUGCCCGAGGGUCAUAAUGGGUAUCUUUAUGAGGGAGAAGCUUUCGAGUUGUCACGAGUGAUUGGGAAUGUGGAUGUGGAAGCUAUCGACAAGUGGAUCAUGGACGAGGCAAAGUACGCUGCCACUCUCGGUGUUACCGAGAUUGUCGACCUGGAAUGGGAACUAAACAUCCCCAACUGGCAGCGGCGAUACAAAAAGGGAUUUAGGACACUCCGAGUUCACGUUGGCAUGUACACUGAGCACUUGCCCUACUCUAUUGAGCGAGGAUGGAAAUCUGGCGACGACGUUCCCGAGACCAACGGCCUUAUCAAAGUCGGGCCGUUUAAGAUCGUCACCGACGGCUCUCUCGGUUCUCAAACUGCAUUCUGCCACGAACCUUACCCCGGCUCUACCGACAACUACGGUAUGCUCGCAUACAAGCCCGAGGCAUUGAGUGAACUGAUCAGAAGGGGCACCGACAACGGCUUCAAGCUCGCUAUUCACGCUAUCGGUGAUCACGCCAAUCAGCUCACCCUUCAAACCCUCGCCAAGGCUGAGAAGAAAGUACUUCCAGGCUCUACCAUCGAGCACGCCCAACUGCUCAGCUUUGAAGACCUACCUCUCUUCCGUUCCCUCAAUGUAAUCGCUUCUAUUCAACCUUGUCAUCUUGUCGAUGACCGAGACCUCUGCCACAAGUUCUGGCCUGGGCGAGAACACCGUGCUUACCCCUUCCGAUGGCUUGUGGAUGCUGGUGUCCCUAUCAAACUCGGUAGUGACUGCCCUGUCGCCCCUCUCCAGCCUUGGGAAGCUAUUGCCGUCGCCAUGACUCGAGCUGCUGAGGGCGACGAGCACAACCCCUUCUGCAAGGAGCAAAUCAUUGAUCUUGAAGUCGCUUGGCAGGCGUCCACCUCUAACGGCAAACCCAAGCUCGAAGUUGGGGACCGUGCCGAUCUCUGUAUUCUUAGCGCAAACCCUCUCAACUGCGAUGCAGCGGGCAUCAGGGCGAUGAAGGUGAAGGGUACCAUGUUGGGAGGUGACUGGACUCACAAGGCUUUCUAAAUUCUCGUGUAUUGGGUAUUAACUGUCAUAUUGUAAAGGGCAUGCAGCAUAGAAUUGGAU